AUGACACUCGGAGAGCCAAUUGACGACCCCACCAGCAAUGACGAUUAUGUCGCGCAGCUGCUUGCCUCGGAGGCGAAGGACAAGUCGAUAAAGUAUUCUGCGCUUGGGCUUCAAGCGUACCUUCCUCGUCGGCCAACAGAUCGAGCUCCAAAGCCUAAUACGCGCUUUCUCAAAAACAUCCUCAGAGAUACGGACAGCCACAAUGCUGCUCUUAGGCGCAGGGAAGAACAAGAGGCUCGAGAACGUAUGCGUAAACUCCGUAGAGAGCGGUCUCCGCCUAGCAAUAGAUCGGAGCACCGAGAGCGACACCGAGAAAACGAGAGGAGUUAUCGACAUAGGUCACCUCACCACAGAGAGAAAGAGCGCUCUUCAAAAAGAAAGCAAUCAGACAAUUUUUCUGACAGGGAUUAUAAAAGUCGAUCCUCUAGGCGACCUCGUCGGCGCUACGAAGAUGACGAGAGUGUAUCAGAGUAUGAUCGCGAACGUUCGUCGAGGUCUCAUCGAAGAUAUUGUAGCGACGAGAGGCGCUCGGCAAGGGCCCGAGACUCCUCUAAAUUGAGGAAUCAAUCUUCCGGGCAUUUUAGAGGCGAUAGAGACGGCUCUCCUAGUCAUUCACGAUCGAGAUCACCGGAAGUUUCACGGCGACGUCGGGAUGAUUCCAAUCAUUAUGAACGGCGAAAGCCAGCUACUGACCAUUCUCAAGCUGAAAACAAUCAGCAUCUAGAGUCGGAAAGAGACUCUUACCCCUCGGAUGGUGAAUCGGACCCCUUGGAAGAUUUCGUUGGCCCUUUACCGGCUUCAUCACACAGAAGUGAAAGAGAACCACGCGUCCCAACCCGUGGGAGAGGCUCUUAUCGUCUCAAUUCGAGUACGAUUGAUUCUCACUUCGCGCGUGACUACGAUCCAAAACUCGAUGUCGAUAUUUCGGAGAAUGAAGAGGGGUCAUCGUCGAAACGAUCCACACGAAGACCCGUUGCCGGCCUUAUGACUGAAGACGAUGAUUGGGAUAUGGCACUUGAAGCGCUUCGCGACCGGGCAAAUUGGAGACAGAAAGGUGAAGAGCGCCUACGUGCAGCAGGAUUUGAUGACAACACCGUUCAGCGGUGGAAGCAAGACCCAGCCUUCACCGCACGCGGCGGUAACGACACGGAAGGGAGGAUUGAAGAUGUUACAUGGGCUAAAAAGGGUGAGGGGAGAGAAUGGGAUCGAGGAAAAGUGAUGAACGAUGAUGGACAAUAUGAUGUCAAGGCACAGUGGUAG